AUGCGGAUUGCGAAACUCCCAAAUCUCAUCCUUCUCGACCUGUCGUGCAACGGUUUCGUCAAUGAAAUCCCCACGCUGCUCACUACGCUAAAAAAACUCAUGGAACUGAACCUCGCCAGCAACAACCAACUCAAGGGGUCCCUUCCCAAGAAUCUCCUCGCCAUGCACUCGCUCGGGUACCUCGACCUUUCCAACACGAACCUCGAGGGCAGCUUGCCCACCACCGUGGAGGCGUACGCGUUGCCUCUCAUAUACCUCGACCUCUCGUACAACCAUCUCACGCACGACAUUCUGAACGCGAUGAGCGCGCUGUCGACCCUCAAGCACCUCAGACUGCACGCGAAUCGUUUCAACAACUCCGACGCGCCAACCGCGCUGUUGCACAUGAGCCGCCUCAUCUCCCUCGAGAUUUCCGAUAACCGUUUCACCUUCCAACUGCCGUCGGGGUUUGGGUUCAACGUGUCCAGCCUCCAGCACCUGGCGGCCGGCAACAACCGGCUGACCGGCAGCAUUCCGGAGUCCUUAACGCAGCUAACGAAUCUCUUUUUUCUUGACCUCGGCUACAACGCGCUCUCCGGCUCCCUUCCAUCCUCGUUACUGAGUCUCCCGCUUCUCCUAGAAGCGCACCUGGGGCACAACUCCCUGGCGGGAAGCUUCCCCGCGGACACUCCCACGAGCGCGCUGCGCGUCCUCGACAUUUCCUGGAACAAACUGCGCGGCGCGUUGCCAAAGCUCUUGGCCAGCAGCACGAAUUUAGGGAGUCUAGACCUGAGCCACAACCAGUUCACCGGGGCCAUUCCCUCCGAGUGGAGUGCGCUCGUCAAUCUCAGCACCGUCAACCUAGGGUUUAACGGCCUGACAGGGCGGAUCCCCAGCGGGUUCCAUGCGCUCACCAAGCUCUACGCAUUCUACGCGCCGCACAACCGCCUGUCCGGAUCGUCGGCCGGCGCGUUCGCCGCGCGGCGAAGGAACCAUGGUGCAGAUCUACCUCGACCUGAGCUACAACCGCGUGAGCGGUAA